AUGGCUAUGGCUUCAACCGUCACCAACGCUGCUUCUCUCCGCCUCGCCUUCCCUCUAUUCUCCGCGUCCUCCUCCUCGUCGUCCUCCAAUACCCUUCGCUUCCCUCUCCGCCGUUGCCACUCCUCCCGCCCCUCGCCAUCGCUGCCUUCAAGAAGCUCUCAGACGCGUCCUUCGUGCCCAUCCUCAGGAGCCCAUGCAGCCCUGGUUGACGAGGACGCCCUACCCCCAAAGCCUGGAGUCUACGACGUCUAUGACCCCACCGGGGAGCUGUAG